AUGUCUUCAACUCUCUUUACCCCUCUCAAGGUUGGAGCUGCUGAGCUUCAACAUCGAAUUGCUAUGGCACCUCUCACUCGAUUCCGUGCCGACGAUAGCCACGUUCCUCUUCCAUUCGUCGCAGAAUAUUACGCACAACGUGCUUCCGUCCCUGGAACACUCCUUGUCUCCGAAGCUACCUUCAUUGCGCCCCAAGCCGCCGGUUAUGCCAACCCUCCCGGUAUCUGGAACCAAGAUCAAAUCGCUGGUUGGAAAAAGGUUACCGAUGCCGUACACGCAAAGAAAUCAUACAUCUGGAUGCAACUAUGGGCAUUGGGAAGAGCCGCGGAUCCAACAUCUUUAGAACAAGAGGGCGGUUAUAAAGUCAAGUCUGCGAGUGAUAUUCCAUUCGAGGGUGGAGCCAAACCAGAGCCACUGACCGAGGUCGAGAUUAAGGAAUAUAUUGGUUUAUAUGCGCAAGCCGCAAAGAAUGCCAUUGAAGCUGGAUUUGACGGUGUUGAGAUCCACGGCGCAAAUGGUUAUUUGAUUGAUCAAUUUUUCCAAGAUACAUCAAACAAACGUACCGAUUCAUGGGGAGGAAGUGUUGAAAACCGGGCUCGUUUCGGACUCGAGGUUUCAAAGGCCGUCGUUGCUGCUGUUGGUCCUGAGAAGACUGCGAUCAGAUUGAGUCCAUAUUCUCCUUUCCAAGGAAUGAAGAUGGAGGAUCCUAUUCCACAAUUCACCUACAUCACCCAAGAGCUCAAGAAAUUGAAUCUCGCAUACCUCCACCUUGUUGAAGCAAGAAUCAAUGGAAAUACCGAUUGUGAACAGGUUGAGAAGGUCGACUUCUUAAUCGAUAUCUGGGCUGGUACUAGUCCAAUUCUUCUCGCAGGAGGAUUCACAGCUAAGUCUGCUCAAACGAUUGUUGAGGAGUACAAAGGAAAGGACAUUGUGAUUGUAUUUGGAAGAUUCUUCAUCACCAACCCAGAUCUUCCAUUCAGAGUCAAGGAGGGAAUUGAUUUUGUGCCAUAUGAUAGAAAUUUCUUUUAUAACAAGGGGGAGGAGAACGGAUAUACCAAUUAUGCAUUUAGCAAGGAGUUUGUUGCGCAACAAAAGGCCAUUGAAGCCUCAGCAUAA